AAAGAAAAACUGCAAGAAAAAGUAGAUACUCAUUGAUUUAUCUAAUGUCUCACUCUUUCUUACUCUUACCCUUAAAAUAUUGCAUAAAGAACUAGACCUAGAAAAGCUUUCACAAGUCACACAAACACAAUCAACAAACUUUAACAAAACCAAAUACAAAGAGAGAGUGUGGAGAAUGGGGAAUAACAAAUUCAAGCUAUCAGAUAUGAUUCCGAAUGCUUGGUUUUACAAGCUAAGGCAAAUAGGAAGAGGAAGAAAGCAAACAACAACACUCUCAAACAAGAAAAAGCAUAUUUCUUCAUUAACCUCAACAACACUAAAUUCUUCAAAACCAAAUCAAUGCAAUCCUAGAAAAUCAUACUAUUUCACAAGAGACCUUAACCUUAACCAAAACAAAAACAACAACAACACUAAAUUCUUCACUUCACCACCAUCAAACAGCCCAAAAACAAAAACAAAACAAAUCAACAACAAUUUCUCUCUUCAUUCACCAAAAAAACCACCCAAAAACAGAACAAGAAAAAGAAGAACAACAACCUCAAAAACAUGUUCUUCACCAAAACUUGUUACUUCCUCUGUCUAUGCAGGUUGUAUCUGUCGCACAGCUCUUGAAUCAGUAUGGACAAAAUCAGAUUCUCAAUUAGAACACUCUUCUUCUUCUUCUUCUUCACUUGAUAGCUUAACUGAGUCAGAAUCCCCUGAAACAGAAUUCAGAACAGACCGUGUUCUUAUUCCAACUGAAUCAUCAUUCGAUGAAAUGGUUUCAUUUUCCAUUUCUUCUUGUCCCUGCAACAAAUCCAACAACAAAGAUAUUGAUGUUGACAAAAAUUCUCUAGCUAGAAAAGAUGAUAAACUUAAAGGGUAUGAUGAUUCUUUUUCAAAACUUCAACUUCCUCCAAUCAUUACAAAACUACCCAACAAUAAAGAACACAAACCCCUCAAAGAAAUGUCUCUAAAGAUUAAAAUUUUGAAGGAACAACAACAACAACAUCAACAACAAAAGAAGAACAAGAAGAAAAAUUGUUCUGUAAAGAAACUACUCUCUUCUAACUCUGUUAAUUCACCAGGAGUGAAACUUCGUGUAAACUCUCCAAGAAUUGCUACAAGGAAGGUUCAGUUUCAUCGCCGGAAAAGCGUGUCAUCGACGGAAACUUCCGGCGCCUACAGGAGAAGCCUCUCCGGUAGUCUUGCAAUAGUGAAAUCAUCUUUCAAUCCUCACAAAGAUUUCAGAGAGUCAAUGGUGGAGAUGAUUGUGGAGAACAACAUAAGGGCAUCCAAGGAUUUGGAAGAUCUUCUUGCUUGUUACCUUUGUUUGAAUUCAGAUGAGUAUCAUGAUAUUAUCAUCAAGGUAUUCAAGCAAAUAUGGUUUGAUUUGACUGAAAUAAGUUAGAGAAAUAAAUAAAUAAAUAACUAGUUUCUAUUUUUCACAAUUAAUUAAUUAAUUUUCUUUCUUUUA